AUGGCGACGUCUAAAGUGCCCGUCGUAGAGACAGCAUCCAGCGAAGAUGGAUCAGCGACAGCAGUCCCCAAACUGCUUGAUCGCUAUGCUGACGAAAGUUACAAACUAUUAUCCCAGGUCAAAGUCGAGCCGCCCACGCCAGAGGAGGCGGAGAGGAUUCGAAAGAAAUGUGUCCGCUGGGUGAUACCCUUCAUUUGUCUGGGCUACCACUUGAUGUAUGUGGAUAAGCAGACUCUUGGUAACUCUUCCAUCCUCGGUAUUAUUGAUGAUGCCAACUUGACUACCGACCAAUACAAUUGGCUGUCCUCGAUCUUCUAUCUCGGCUACUUAGUAGCAGAGGUACCUCAAAACAUGGCGCUGCAGCGAUUCCCAGUGGCCAAGUAUCUGGCAGUCAACCUCAUUAUCUGCUUUGCCUCCCUCUUUGUUGUACGCAUUCUUCUAGGCUUGGCAGAGGCGUGUAUUGUGCCAUCGUUUUUGAUCAUUUUGUCGAUGUUCUUCACCUAUGAUGAGCAAGGUGUAUUGAUGCAGAUUAUGUGGGCGUGCGGCAAUUCAAGCCCCAUCACGUCUGGAUUGUUAUCCUAUGGGGUACUUUUCAUCAAGACCGGCACUUUUGCACCUUGGAAGUGGUUUAUGGUCAUUACAGGAGGCCUUACGGUACUGUACGGCGUCCUCGUGUGGUUCUUCUUCCCCGACAACCCGGCAUCUGCCCACUUCUUAACGAAGGAAGAACGAGCGCAGUCUAUUUUGCGCAUUGCGUCAAAUCACUCUGGUAUCGAGCAGAAGCGAUUUAAGAAAGCUCAGUUCAACGAAGCCCUUCGGGAUCCCAAAACAUGGCUUUUCUUCCUUCAUGCCUGGUCUCAGGAGAUGGCAAAUGGGCUCACAAACCAGUACUCACUUAUUAUCAAGUCAUUUGGAUUUAGCACGCUGAACACAACCCUUCUGGGCUGCAUAAACGGUCUUACAGCGCUUGUGUCCCUUGGAACGGCCGCGAUCAUACUCUCCAGAACAAAGAAUGCACGGGCAUGGCUGUCUGCUGGUGCAUACAUCCUGCCAAUUGUGUCUUGCAUCUUGCUGAUCGCGCUGCCAUGGAGUAAUCGCGCAGGUUUGCUCGCUGCUAUAUACAUGCGGGCGCCAGGAGGUAUUGCUUACAGUGUUGUCAUGAUUUGGGCAGCCAACUGCUCGGCUGGACAUACGAAGAAGACGACGGUCAUCGCUCUGUACCAUGUCGGCUAUGGACUGGGCAAUAUCCUGUCACCACAGCUGUUUCAGGGUAAGUACAAACCCAGGUAUAUCGAAACAUGGUGGGUCAUCCUCUGGGUUGCGUGUGUCUUUCCCAUGUUGCUGGUGCUGUACCUGCGGUACUACCUGAACAAGGAGAACAAGAGACGUGAUUCUCUCGCCCAGAAGGGUGAGAUCAGGGAGACUGGCGUGGUCGAACACGUCGACGAGAGUGGCAACCGGACGGAAGAGGUCGUCGAUGCAAGGCAACUAGACCUCACGGACAGGGAGAACCUAGCAUUUCGUUAUGUCCUCUAG